AAAAUAAGAUUACACCCGCAGGUGAACAAAACCGGCGAAUUUUCGGUCAAAAUUACGGCGAAAAAACUCCACCUUCCUCAACAUGAAUGAAGAAUACGACUACAUUGUGCUUGGAACWGGUCUUAAGGAAUGYAUCUUGAGUGGUCUYUUGUCAGUGAARGGCAAGAAAAUCUUACAAAUAGAUCGAAACGAAUACUAUGGCGCGGACUGUGCCUCUCUYCAUCUUGACCAGCUCUACGAGGCGUUCAAAGAGCCUGAUGUUCCUGAGCAGAGCCGGGAGGUUAGGGACUACAACGUCGACCUUAUUCCCAAGUUCCUAAUGGCUAAUGGAGCCUUGGUAAAGCUUUUAGUUCACACUGGYGUUACAAAAUACAUGAACUUUAAGCAAAUCGAAGGUAGCUACGUCUUCUACCAAGGCACGUUCGGUGGAACCAUAUAUAAGGUUCCUGCCGAUGAAAAAGAAGCUCUGUCAUCCGGCUUGAUGGGUAUUUUUGAAAAGCGACGUUUCCGAAGCUUUCUGAUCUUUGCUYUAAGCUACGARUUUGACGAUCCRUCAACUUGGCAAGGWUGUGACCCYGAGAAAGCAACCAUGAACGAAGUAUACGCGAAAUUUGGKCUUAGUGARUACACGGCAGAAUUCACUGGACAUGCAAUCGCWCUGUAUCUCGACGAUGAACAUAAGGCCAAACCAUGUGGCGAAACAAUCAAGAGAAUUAAACUUUAUUACAAUUCACUGUCCAGGUAUGGCAAAUCUCCAUACCUUUACCCUGUGUAUGGCCUUGGAGARCUCCCACAAAGCUUUGCGCGUCUGUCGGCAGUCUGGGGUGGUACCUUCAUGCUGAACAAACCAGUAGAGAAAAUCUCUGUKGAGGGUGGUGCUGUUUUGGUUACUUCAGAAGGGGAAACAGCCAAAGCAAAAGGAGUGAUUGGUGAUCCUUCUUAUUUCACUGACAAGGUCAAGAAAGUGGGACAAGUUGUCCGUUGCAUUUGCAUUCUUUCCCAUCCUAUCCCAUCCACUUCUGAUUCCCAGUCAUGUCAGCUGAUUAUUCCACAGAACCAGGUUAACAGGAAGUCAGAUAUCUUCGUAUGCUGUAUUUCACACACUAAUUACGUCACACCCAAAGACAAGUACCUUGCUAUCGUUAGYACKACGGUGGAGACUGACAACCCAGAGAAAGAACUAGAACCAGGUCUGAAYAUGCUUGGACACAUUGACAAGAAGUUCUUKAKUGUCUCYAAUAUCUAUGAGCCAAUCAGUGAUGGUGCAGAUGAAAAGAUCUUCAUCUCCAAGUCCUAYGAUGCUACCACCCACUUUGAGACAACAUGUGAAGACAUCAUGGAUAUGUACAGAAGAAUUACAGGAGAAGAAUUUGACCCAAGUUCUAUCAACGUCAAYCUUGAUGUUGAUGGUAGCGAAAUGUAAUAAAAUAAUAUAUUAUGAUAUUAAUUUUAUGAUAUUGCUUUUAAGAAAGGCGAGAAGUACAUUAUUAAACAUUGUGGGAUAAUUUCACAUUUAAGCCACUUAAUGAAAGCUUUUGAAGACUAACUGGUCUUACGUUUUUUGCUUCUAUAAGUAGAAAGUUUACAGAAUUUAUCAAACUGCUUAAAGGUAUCUCUUCAUAUCAUAACUGAAUAACAAUUAAUGACUAUUGGCUUUCACAUAUUUAUGGAUAUUACAGUAAUGUAUAGAUAGUAGAUAAAUAGAAGCAAAAAAUAAUGGAAGCUAAAGAUAUAGCAAAGUUACUCAAUAUACAGUAGUUAUUUAUUAUUAUAGGAAAAAUUAUUUUUAAAGCUGAAAUUAAUUUUGUCUUUUUUGAAUAGUUUGCUAAGGUAGAGUACUAGCUAUUGGCUCUUAAAAAAUUGUGAUAUAAAAUAUCAGGAGCUUUGGUCCACUAGUUUGUCAGAUAAAUGAUUUGUCUGCAUUGCAUUCUAAAACCCAAGCCCUCCUUCCUCUCUUGAACGAGGGGGGGUUUGGGUAUGAGGGUACCAGACCCUCCUMACUUAGAGAAGUGAAGAAAGGUCUUGGUACUAAUAUGAUUCAGUCCAAAAUCCAGACCCACUGAGAGUCUUGCGAUAGGAACUUAGUUUCUAGGCCUGGAAAAUCAUGGACUUUUGUGAACAGUUGCGGAAAAUCAUUGACAGCAUGCAUCUUAUGAUUACAAUUAAGUGUUGUAUUUCACAAAUAAAUUUAAACAAGUCCAUCAUCUUUGUGAAAAACCUUAUUAGUAGUGCCCAUGACAAUAUGUUGUCUAACAUGUAAGGUGUUGUAGUGAUUGGAAACCAUGAAAGUCCAGGAAUUUUAAACUUUUAAAUACACAUUAGCCCUGUAGACUGUUGUCAAUAAUAAAAUGUAUAUCACAAGGUAGUCAUAUUAGUUUAGGGAUGGGAAUGUACAAAACAACAUGUAUGUCAGUCUGGUUAUCAAACUAAUAAAUUAAUAUUUCAUUGAUAAUAUA